GGAAGCAGAAGAUUUAGCUAGCUAAAUGAAAUAAAUAUCCUCUUCAUUGGCGAGGGUUAGGCUUGGGAUCCUGUAGCCGGAUGCUGAGUGUUUCGUGCCUGAACAAAUAACUGUUAAGACACAUGAAGAAGGUGGCAAGCAAAACGUGAAUGGUUAGAGGCAUUUUGGCAAUUCUUUAUUAAUGUCUGGCGGACAUGACUCUUAGUAUGUCCCCGGCCGCAGUGUGCCAGUGUUUCACACUGGUGUCACUGUGUACGUCCAUAGCUGACCCUAACUGGAUCCAGGUCAGAAACAGCUCUGACCCUAGUGGUAAACGGCUCAUCUAUGGAGUGGCCUUUACUCUACAUGCUGGCCAGAACCUCACAGACACAGGUCCCCUGGGUGGCAUGAACAGUUGGGGGAUGUGGCUACUCUAUGUCCUGGCUGCUCUGUGCUACAGCACCGUCCUAAUUUCCAGCUCCUCCUUCCUGCUGGACUUCAUAGGGGGAGGAAUGUCCCACCCACGGCUGGUGGUGUCCCUCCACAUCACAACAGUGUCUCUCCUCCUAUGUGCUCUCGGAGUGUGUGGGGCCUGCUUGUACAUCAUCCAUCAUAACCUGCAAGAGGGCAGGCUGGGGCUGCUGUUGUUAUGGGACUGGGGGCCCAGGUGGGGACCAGGCUUAGGCCACCCCACCAGGGAUAGAGGUAGAGGGGAUGGGGAAGGGGCAGCAACAGGCAUGCAGCCAUAUCCAGGGGAGAGCUUCUACAUUGCAGGGCUGGGCCUGCUCUUCUCGGGCAUGGCCUCAAUCAUCAGUAUCAAAGGCCUGGGCAACAUGCAGCUUGACCACACCCACAGGGGAUACACGGCGGUGGAGGAGGAGGAACACUGCAACACAGAGCCCCUCACACCCAGAGAACCUGCUCAGGGGGCAGAGAUAGGAGAGGAGUGGAGGGAGGUGUUCCCAGAGUGACAUCGUUUGGAAUGGCCUCCAACAGCACAAGGGUGACAAUUAGCCUCAUGGUUGGUGUCUUACCAUCAGGUGUGCUGGUGACCACUGGAGUUUUAGUGUCAGGGGCGUAAGUUACUAUAGGAUGUUGACCAUUGCACUGAAAAUGAAGGCUGCUGUAAGAGCAGUGUAGAUCUCCACUAGUUUUAUUUUGGUCACUUACCCCCAUUUUCCUCAAGCGCAAUCCAGCCCCAAUCUGGAGAAAACACCCCCAAAACAUUUUGUUUUAAAGCUUUUAUUCGUCUGCCUAUUACUUUGAAUGAUGGGAAUCUGGGAUUUAAAUACAAUAGGGAAAUGUAAUCCUAUUUACCCACAGUUUUUUUAAGGUUUUGAUCACGUUUUUACUGUAGUUAUUAAGAAUGUUUAGAGGAAAGAUGAAAGUACCUAUUGUAUUGGAAUUUGUAAAGAAGUGACCUAGAUGAAAAUAAGUGCACCUGUUAAAAAAACAUACAGAAACAGAUUAUUUACUUUCUGAAUUUAAAAAUCGAUUGUUUGAGGAUUAGGUGUACAUUGAUGUUUGAAAGUUUGUGUGUAACCAUGAAAAUAGCCCACGUGAUGUUAUAACCUUUUUUCAUGGUUUCAAUUUAGAAAAUAUCCCUGCACUGAGUUCAGCCCAAAAGGAAAUGUUUCAGUUUCGUCUUCACAGGUGGUUUUGUGAAAAUGACAGUGAAACUACAGUAUUUGCACAGUCUUCCAGUGUGGCACUUUUCAUUUACCCUCUGGAAGACAGAAAUAACUUGUUUUAAAUUGAAGAUUACCUGUGUUUUAGCUAAGCUUUAAAUCUUUUUGGAGAAAAUGUAUAUGGUCUACUUUAGCUUUUUAGUUUUUAUGUUUUUAUUUUGCUGUUAUCGCUGCUAGCGUUACUUCAUAUUCAUUGAGUGGUACUUCAUAUGUUAUAGAAUGUAUGCAAAUUAGGAGCGGUUGAAUGUGACACUUUAUACGGUUUAUGAUUAAAUAUGUUUCACAUGUCCGAUUUCAUAAGAUUAAUACAGAUGCUACAUA